AAACCCAAGUCUCCUGUAUUGGCAGGUGGAUUCUUUACUGAGCCACCUAGGAAGCCCUCACUCUUGAGUUUUGGAGGGUGGGGAGGGAGUCAGUUUGGGGGAGGACUGUCAUAAAGCCCUGCCUUGGAGGCAAUGAACACACUGUUCUCCCGGGCCUGGCCGUGUCCCUGGGGUUUGCUCAGAGGAGGAAGUGGUUUCCUUCUAGGGGCUUGACUUGAUGCUGGGGACAGCUGAGACCCUGCCCAGGGACAGGCAGGGAGUGGCCGCGUGCCUCUGGGUCCUCUAGCUCCCCCAGGGGGAGCUCCGGGGCUGGAAUCUGCCUUGCCCUCCCCCGCAGUCCUGGAACGCACUAUUGUAACUGGCUGAUCACCUGUCUGACACCUUGUGCUGCCCCAGACUCUGGGCUUUUGGAGGGUGGGGCUGAGUUACUCAUUAUUCACGGAAUCCUGUGGGACCUCAGGGAUGCUGUGGAGCAGGACGAGUGUCCCUUGUGACCGUCAGGCUCCUCACAGUUCUUGUUUGCUGCCUUGAGUCUUAUGCCAGUGUUGGCACAGAAAGAGGGAAGAAGGCGGGAUUUCCAUCUUGGGAGGGAGCCGAGGCCCCCUAGGAGACGACAGUAUAAUGCACUUGUUCAAGCUUCAUGGCCAAGAUAAGCCUCAGGCCUCCUGGCUCCCAGUCUGCUCUUGCCACCCCAGGAGCUCCUGGGGUGUGGCUGGGUACCCUCUGACCUGGCCGGGUCUGGGGAGGGGUCGCCUUGUUCAAGGAGAGGCCACAGAGCCCUGGCUUGGGCAGGCGUCCCCUUAUCUCAUCUGCGUUCAGGGCAGCAGGGCCCUCUGCCCACUACCCACCCCCGCCUGCCAUGUAAUCCCCGGCUGGACCGUGUGACCUGACUGGCAUUCUCCUGGCUGGAAUCUGGCGCUUCUGACAGCAGUUGCUAUAUCGGGGGAGCUGGGCACCGCCCUGGACACGGUCAGCCCCACCCUUACUCCCUGCUUUGCUCUUGGUAGCGUCGAGGCAGGAUCACGGUAGCAGCUGUGAGGGUCGGACACCCAGGUCUCCGGAGUGAACUCUAGGCCCAGCGCCCAUCCGCCACCAUUCCGUGCUGCGGGGACACCAUGGCUCCAGAGGAAGAGGCCGGAGGGGAGGCCCUGGAGGGCAGUUUCUGGGAGGCUGGCAACUACAGGCGGACCGUGCAGCGGGUGGAGGACGGGCACCGGCUGUGCGGGGACCUGGUCAGCUGCUUCCAGGAGCGUGCCCGCAUCGAGAAGGCCUAUGCCCAGCAGCUGGCCGACUGGGCCCGCAAGUGGAGGGGCGCUGUGGAGAAGGGCCCCCAGUAUGGCACGCUGGAGAAGGCCUGGCAUGCCUUCUUCACGGCGGCCGAGAGGCUGAGCGCGCUGCACCUGGAGGUGCGGGAGAAGCUGCAGGGCCAGGACAGCGAGCGGGUGCGCUCCUGGCAGCGGGGCGCCUUCCAUCGGCCUGUGCUGGGCGGCUUCCGCGAGAGCCGGGCGGCCGAGGACGGCUUCCGCAAGGCCCAGAAGCCCUGGCUCAAGAGGCUGAAGGAGGUUGAGGCUUCCAAGAAGAGCUACCAUGCGGCCCGGAAGGAGGAGAAGACCACCCAGACGCGGGAGAGCCACGCAAAGGCAGACAGCGCCGUGUCCCAGGAGCAGUUGCGGAAGCUGCAGGAGCGGGUGGAACGGUGUUCCAAGGAGGCCGAGAAGACGAAGACCCAGUAUGAGCAGAGCCUGGCGGAGCUGCACCGCUACACCCCACGCUACAUGGAGGACAUGGAGCAGGCCUUCGAGAGCUGCCAGGCGGCCGAGCGCCAGCGGCUCCUCUUCUUCAAGGACAUGCUGCUCACCUUACACCAGCACCUAGACCUCUCCAGCAGUGAGAGGUUCCACGAACUCCACCGAGACCUGCAUCAGGGCAUUGAGGCAGCCAGCGACGAGGAGGACCUGCGCUGGUGGCGCAGCACCCAUGGGCCGGGCAUGGCCAUGAACUGGCCCCAGUUUGAGGAGUGGUCCUUGGACACACAGAGGACAAUCAGCCGGAAGGAGAAGGGUGGCCGGAGCCCUGACGAGGUUACCCUGACCAGCAUCGUACCCACCAGAGACGGCGCUGCACCCCUGCCCCAGUCCCCGGGGUCCCCGCGUGGCAGACAUGAGGAGGAGUGGUCAGAUGAGGAAAACCCCCUGAAGGCUGCCACAGGCGUGCGGGUGCGGGCACUCUAUGACUACGCGGGGCAAGAAGCCGAUGAGCUGAGCUUCCGAGCAGGGGAGGAGCUGCUGAAGAUGAGCGAGGAGGAUGAACAGGGCUGGUGUCAGGGCCAGCUGCAGAGUGGCCGGAUUGGCCUGUACCCUGCCAACUACGUGGAGUGUGUGGGGGCCUGACCUGCCCUGGCAGCCCUUGAGCAACGUUUCUCCACCCUGAGUCAGAGCCCAGCUUGUCUGCACAGCCGGACCUGAGGGCCCUGAACCAUCCUGCCCCCUGCGACCGCUCUGCCCUUCCAGGAGGGAGAAGUCCUGGGACCCAGGGAGGGGAGAGGCCUUGUGUCUGGGAAGGGACUGGUAUGGAAGGGCCAACUGAGUCUAGGCUGAGGAGAAGAUGGGGAGGUGGGGAGGUCAGGAAGUGACCGAAGGGCUCGGGUGCCUGGGCCUCCCCAAAGAGUCCUCCAGUCUCCCCCGGAGCUGUGGACCCAGUUCCUAGUCUCUCUGUUUUGGGGUUCCAGGGGUUGGCUUGGGGUGAGUGUAGUUCUGGGCUAGCAGCACUCUUGUGGCUUGUUCUAGUGUGUAUUAAACUUCGAAGAAAAAAAAAGGCUUCUGUGCAUUUUCUGUGCAUCUUUUUCGAUAUUCCACCCUUGCCAGGCGGCAGUGGACAUCUGGAGGCACUAGGGGGGUAGGUCGUGGGCCUGCAGUAUAUUGCGGGGGCGGGGGUUGGGCGGAGGUGUGCCAGCUUGGUACCUGCUCUGGGACUUCGGGACCCUAACCUAACCUAACCUGGGGUCCCGCAGGGGACUCGUGAUCAGAUUUGGUGCGAGGAUGGGUGGAGGUCAGGAGCUGAGCUGUGAGCGGGGCGGGGGGCCCGGCCAGUUCAUCUGCCCAUUCAGGCCGGCGGCACCGCGUGUUUGGUAGGGACUGUUAAUCAUUACUCACCGUUCGGGAACUGACCCGAACCGAGGCCUAGGGCCGAGCCUCGCAGAACACACGUUUCUGGGAGGUGGCUCCGCCCCCGCAGGGGGCCGGGGAGCGCGCGGGCGGCGCGGUUUGGGCCUGUGGGCGAGCCGUCGCCCCGCCCCGCCCGCGGAUUGGCUCCGGCGCGGCGCCGCGAGGACUCGGGUGCGCGCGCGCGUGGAGCCCGGGCCCCUGACGUCACGGCGCACGCUCCGCCGGCGGCUCGCCCGUUGGCCCGCGUCGGGCCGGGUCGCCCCGCCCCUCGGCGGACCGGCCUCCGCUGAGGCCCGCCCGCUGACCCGCCUUGGCGGCCGCGGAUUGGCCCGUAGCGGGACCCGUCGGUCGCGCUGCUGUUCUGGGAAGGAGAGAAAAUGGCGGCCGAGCCGAACAAGACCGAGAUCCAGACGUUUUUUAAGAGGCUUCGCGCAAUUCCGAC